AUGGGACUCACAGAGGAUAAUGCAUCAGAUCAAUCCAAGACCGCAAGCAACCCAGGCGAGCAGGGAAAAGGUGUGGAAGAAACCCCAGAUGCUGAAUUGCAGCGUCCAUCCGGUGAAGAUGCCCAACCUAAGAAUCCAGCUGAGGUCCCUAUCAAUGGAAAUCCUCUUGUCCGGAACCCAGAGAAUCCAGCUGAGUUCCCUAUCAAUGGAAAUCCUCUUGUCGGGAACCCAGAGAAUCCAGCUGAGGUCCCUAUCAAUGGAAAUCCUCUUGUCGGGAACCCAGGGAAUCAAGCUGAGGUCCCUGUCAAUGAAGUUCCUGUCGUGAAACUAGGGAAUCAAGCUGAGGUCCCUGUCAAUGAAAUUCCUGUCGGGAACCCAGGGAAUCAAGCUGAGGUCCCUGUCAAUGAAACUCCUGUCGGGAACCCAGGGAAUCAAGCUGAGGUCCCUAUCAAUGAAACUCCUGUCGAGAACCCAGGGAAUCAAGCUGAGGUCCCUGUCAAUGAAAUUCCUGUCGGGAACCCAGGGAAUCAAGCUGAGGUCCCUGUCAAUGAAAUUCCUGUCGGGAACCCAGGGAAUCAAGCUGAGGUCCCUAUCAAUGAAACUCCUGUCGGGAACCCAGGGAAUCAAGCUGAGGUCCCUAUCAAUGAAGUUCCUGUCGGGAACCGAGGGAAUCCAGCUGAGGUCCCUGUCAAUGAAGUUCCUGUCGUGAACCUAGGGAAUCAAGCUGAGGUCCCUGUCAAUGAAAUUCCUGUCGGGAACCCAGGGAAUCAAGCUGAGGUCCCUGUCAAUGAAAUUCCUGUCGGGAACCCAGGGAAUCCAGUUGAGGUCCCUAUCAAUGAAAAUCCUGUCGUGAACCCAGGGAAUCCAGCUGGGAGCCCUAUCAAUGAAAAUCCUGACGUGAACCUAGGGAAUCCAGUUGGGGGCCCUAUCAAUGAAGUUCCUGUCUUGAACCCAGGGAAUCCAGCUGCUAAUUGGAACCGAGAAGAAGAUGGUUCAGAGCGCAGCAGCCACAAGCUCAAGUUCCGGAUAAAGCAUAUAGAAUUCCGAUCAAAUCUAAAGCAGUUCCCUUGA